GAGAGAGAGAGCGCAACGGCACACACAACCAUCACUCGUUAACUCUGUUCGCUGAACCGGUCCUGAAAAACCUGAACCCGAAUAAUUCUGUAUUCCGGGUCGGACCAGAAAAAUGUUCGGAGGUCUGUGUCUAUGUCCGUGCUUCGGAAACCACCGGAGCUCCGACAACGACAAAGACGGUCCGGACCUCGACCCAGUCCUACUGGUGUCCGGUAUGGGCGGCUCCAUUUUACACUCGAAGAAGAAAAAGUUCGGGUUCGAGACCCGGGUCUGGGUUCGGAUCCUCCUCGCGGACCUUGAGUUCAGGAAGAAGCUCUGGUCUCUCUACAACCCCACCACAGGCUAUACAGAAACAUUGGAUGAUUCUGUUGAAAUUUUGGUCCCAGAUGAUGAUUAUGGGCUAUAUGCAAUUGAUAUUUUAGAUCCUUCGUGGGUGGUAAAAUGUUUACAUUUGAAAGAGGUAUAUCAUUUCCAUGAUAUAAUAAAUAUGCUUGUUGGAUGCGGGUAUAAAAAGGGAACUACAUUAUUUGGAUAUGGUUAUGAUUUCCGGCAAAGCAAUAGAAUUGACAAAUUAAUGGAAGGUCUUAAAGUAAAGUUGAAAGCUGCUCACCAAGCUUCUGGUGGUAGAAAAGUCAAUAUAAUUUCACAUUCAAUGGGUGGACUGCUAGUUUUGUGUUUCAUGUCGCUCCAUAAUGAUGUAUUUUCCAAGUAUGUGAAUAAGUGGAUUUGCAUAGCCUGCCCUUUUCAAGGUGCACCAGGAUGCAUCAACGAUUCUCUCUUAACUGGACUACAGUUUGUUGAAGGAUUUGAGAGCUACUUUUUUGUAUCAAGGUGGACGAUGCACCAGCUGUUGGUUGAGUGCCCAUCAAUCUAUGAGAUGUUGGGAAAUCCAGAAUUCAAGUGGAAAAAGCAGCCAGAAAUUCAAGUUUGGCGAAAGCAUUCCAAUGAUGGGUAUGGGGAAGCUUCUGUCGAUUUGGAGUCCUAUGGCCCAACUGAAAUUAUCACUCUGUUUGAAGAAGCACUGAGGCAUAAUGAGCUAAAUCAUGAUGGAGAAUCUGUAGCUCUACCCUUUAACUUUGAGAUUCUGAAAUGGGCUGCUGGUACUCGUCAAGUUAUGUAUGAUGCUAAACUACCAGAUGGGGUCUGCUUCUAUAACAUUUAUGGAACAUCAUAUGACACACCUUUUGAUGUUUGCUAUGGUUCGGAAACAUCUCCAAUUGAGGACUUGUCUGAUAUAUGCCACUCACUGCCCCAGUAUUCUUUUGUUGAUGGAGAUGGAACAGUUCCUGCUGAAUCAACUCAGGCUGAUGGAUUUCUAGCAGUUGAAAGAGUAGCAGUUGAAGCUAGUCACCGUGGAUUAUUAUGCGACAAAACAGUUUUUAAAUAUAUCCAAAAAUGGUUGGGGGUUGAACAAAGGGUCAGCAAGCAUGUGAAAUCUUCCGGAGUGGUAGAUGCUUCAGAUUAGCCCUUGGAAGUAUGCCAUUCUUUGUGCUUAAAGAGAGAUGUUUCACAUGUUCAUGUAUUUGUAAGUAAUUGUAUAUUAUCAUGAUAGCAUCAUAAAUUUUCAACUGUGAACCUCUUGCAUACAUCCCGUGUACAAGAGAGUUCUACACUUAGUUACA